AUGCCCUUCUCUCACCACGCCGAUCGCAGGGAGAUACUCGAUGACACGCUCGAAGGCGCUAAAACUGUCCUGAAGAUAGGCUUGACGGCGCUAACGUUUGUCCCAGUCCCCUACUUGACCGAGGCCGCAGAAGCUCUCAUAGGCGUCAUUGAGAAGGUAGAGGGCACGAGGUCAACGCAGACGGAGCUCAAAGAUCUAGCGAAGGAAAUCGGGGAGCUCGCCCGGUUGCUGACUGAUGGCGUCUUCAGACUCAAGGACACCGCGGCGAGCGAUGAACAGGCCAAGGAGCUCAUAAAACGGGGCAGCGGGCUGCAACACUACCGAACCGAACUCGGAAGGUUCGUCAUGGAGCUGCGAAAAAUUGCGAAGUUGGCCCAGAGACUUCACAAGCAGUCCUUCGCGUCGCGGCUUCUUUUCUCUGAGAGGAACGCCAAGACGUUUCAAGACCUCAAGGCCAAAGUCAGUGCCGUCAUAACGCGGGUCCAUACACUGAACCUUAUGAAACUCGCGCAAGAUGCGGCUAUAACGAGUGAAAUGAUGCGGAGAAUAGAUGAACUGAUGCGAAGAACGGCGGCAGAAAACGCACUGGAACGACUGCCACGGGCCAACGCAGGUUACAAAGCGGCGGGAAAUGACAUGAAGAGCAAGUUCUUGGAGGGUACGCGUGAAGACCUAUUCGCAAGUCUCAUCGCCUGGGCUCGAGGGGACGACGUAAACACUGCCGAAAAGAGCGUCUGCAUCCUCUCAGGAGCGGCUGGCUCCGGAAAGUCAACAAUCGCGGUGGAACUCGCCAGACGGCUCGACAGCGGCGAUCUUGGCGCGUCCUUCUUCUUCGCCACUGGUGAUGCCGAGCGCUCCUCUACUCGUCUCUUCUUCCCGACAAUCGCCUACCAGGUAGCGAAGUCCCAGCCAAAUAUAUGUCGUUUCAUCGUCAAGGCGGUGUCUAAACACCUCGAAGGCGGUCAGCACCAACAGCUCCAGUACGAAGCUACGAAUCUCCUCAAGAAUCCCCUCUCGUCCGUGGAACGUCAUCACCCUACAGUCAUCCUUGUCGUCGACGCGCUCGAUGAAUGCGCCGAACCUAUUGACCACAAGCAGUUUGGCGUUAUGAUGAACCUGCUGGUGUCGUGCGCUGCGGAAGCUCCCUUCCCCGUCAAAAUACUCUUCACAUCACGUCCGAAGGAUAUAGUGGAAGACACUAUCACUACCAGCGUCGGAUCGUCGGCGAAGAUCUACACCCUCGAUCUCAACGACCAGUGUCGCGAGUCCAUGGACCGAGACGUGAAGAUCCUCAUUCAACAUGAACUCAAGACUGCGUACCCCGGCCGAGACCUCCUCGAAGGUCGCGACAAGCUCGUUGAACGCCUCGUCGAGCGCUCCGAGGGAUUGAUGCUCUACGGUGCUACCGCUGCAGGCUUCCUCGCUCGAAAACCGGACGACAUUGAUGACCGCGCCCGUCACAUUCUGUCCAGCCUCGAGCGCGCUCAAUUCCUCGGACCACUCUACGACCUGUACCUCAAGGUCCUAGAGAAGGAGUACCCUGAAGAAGAUUUGAUGGAGGAGCCGGAGACGCUGUUGCAUCUUCAGACAGUGCUAGGAGCUCUGGCUCUCCUGCGAGACCGCUUGUCGCCCGUCGAUCUCGAGCCGCUGCUUGACAUUCGCAUCAAGGACUCCACCUCCGUUCUCAGCAAUCUUCGCUCCGUUAUCCUGUACAAGCGCGGUGACGUCAAUGCACCUUUUCGUCCCAUUCACUCUUCAUUCGUCGACUUCCUUCACGGCAUCAACGUGAACGACAAGUUUACAGGGCGCGCCAAGUACUACCACAUCAAUGAGACACAGGAGCACCGACACAUCGCUAAGGGAUGUAUCAAAAUCCUUGGCUCGAGCGACCUCCGCCGCAACCCACUCAGCGUGAAGUCUGGAACGACACGGUCGAACGUCGCCGACAUAGACAAGCGAGUGGAAGCGGAAAUUCCGAGACACGUGCGCUAUGCGUGUUUACAUUGGUUCGACCACUUGGAACAGAGCGAAUGGUCUCACAAAGUGCUCGCGGAGGCGUCCCUAGAUCUUGCAGAGGAAACACUAUCUAAAUGGGUGGAGACGAUGGCAUGGAUGGGCCGGAUGGACGCGGUCACGAUGUCGCUGAAAAGGGCUGUUGAGUGGCAGAAGAUCGGUUCUACAUGGAAGGUGUUGGAGAGUGUGCAUGUGUGGCUUGUAGAACACCUUGAGAUGGUGAAGAAUGAUCCUGAAGCCAUCUAUCGGUGGGGCACCCGGAGAGUAGGAGCUGUCGUUCAAAACACCGUACGAGAGACCCAGAGCCACCGCCUUGUUAAAAAGGCCGUGCAGGAAAUCGCAGCGGGUGCCUCGAACACGGCGGGUUCCGCCUUCUCCUCCUCCUCGAUGGCGGGAUCGGCUAUGUCCUCGACUACAGACGCAGGCACUGGCUCUUCCAGUGGCUCCGGCUCCGGUCCAGGGGUGGCCCAGACCUCAGGUUCGGCCGCGGCGGAGCUCAUCAGUGAUUCUGUACAGCUUCUGGAGACCUUCAAGUCCUUGGCGUCCCUGGAGCCAGUUGUCAAGGCCGUCCCCGAGCCCAUUUUCGAGGUCGCCCGGGCGGAGCCCGGUAUUGUGGAGCCCGUUCAAGCACCCCCUGCCCCAGGUCGGCCGGAGCCGGAAAUUGUCGUCAAACGCGGCGCAAACACAACUACGUCAGGUGACCUUGGCGCCGUCACGCUCGUCUGA